AUGCGUGAUAGUACUGAAAAGCUCGGGGGUUCAGGUUUAGCAGUAAACAGGUGCUUGAGAUUUAAUAGAAUGAUUGAUCAGUGUGGCUUGAUUGACUUGGGUUAUAAGGGGCCAACUUUCACUUGGCAAGGAACUUGCAGAGGUGGGGUAAGAAUCAAGGAAAGGCUGGAUCGGAUUUUAGCUAAUUCUGAAUGGCGUCUGACUUACCCUGAAGCAGUGGUGAAGCAUUUGCGGACGUCAAGGACUGAACUUCGCUUCGAAAAGUUUGUUGGGUCGAUUACAUUGACCUGCUACCCUCCUCGUUGA